AUGUCUGACCGUUGCCAACCUUUCUUACAAUGCAUAAAGAAAUCUACAAACACCACCUGGGGACCAGAGCAGAAAAAAGCAUUGGAAGAGCUGAAGAACUAUUUGAGCUCUCCUCCUAUAUUGAGCUCUCCCAUUGCUAAUGAAGAUUUAUUCUUAUAUUUGUCUGUCUCACAAUUCGUUGUAAGUUCUGUUCUCUUUCGAGAAGAAGCCAAUCGUCAGAGGCCAGUGUUCUACUACAGCAAGAUGCUGUUAGACGCUGAAACCCGAUAUAGUAUGAUGGAAAAAUUGGCACUCGCACUCCUCACGGCCAAGAAGAAGUUACGACAAUAUUUUGAAAGCCACACCAUCGUCGUAUAUACGGACUAUCCAUUAAAGCAGUCAUUCACCCCUGACGCUUUGCCAGAAUUGUUAGAAUCAGAAGAUCAGUGGGUGUGGACGAUGUAUACUGACGGAGCUUCCAAUUCCCAAGGGGCAGGUAUUGGCGUCGUAUUAGAAGCUCCCUCGGGCCUCAAAAUUGAAGAAGCCAUUCGUUUAGAGCAAUCCACGACGAACAAUGAAGCAGAAUAUGAGGCACUAAUCUAUGGUUUAGAACUCGCACGAGAAAUGGGCAUCCAACGUCUGAAUGUCAAAGGCGACUCGAAGCUUAUGAUAGAGCAAGUGGCUGGAAAUUUCGAUACCAAAGCACCCCAUCUAGCUAGCCUUCUACAAAAGGUAACUGGCUUACGAUCGCAUUUUCGCCAGUUCGAACUCAUACAAGUGCCUAGGGAGCAAAAUCAGAAGGCUGAUGCCCUUGCCAAAUUAGCUUUAGCGGGAUGCACGCGCCAGUCCUCCAUAUCUAUAAGUCGAUCAAGCAGAGACAUGGAAGUCUAUUCAACCUCAUCAAAGCCUGAAUGCUGGAUAGAUCCGAUCAUAAAAUACUUGACCACCUCCGAGCUCCCACCUAAUCCGAAAGAUGCAAAGCUUCUGCGCCUUCGGGCACAACGCUAUUCCAUGAUUAAUGGGACGUUGUACCGAAAAUCCUUCAACGGCCCAUACCUACGGUGUUUGCGCCCAUUAGAAGCUAAAAAAUUAUUAGAGGAAAUACAUGAGGGGACAUGUGGAAAUCACACAAGGGGACGGAGCUUGGCACACAAGGCACUUACAGCAGGGUAUUACUGGCCAUACAUGAUGACAGAAGCGCGGGAUUAUGCCAAAAAAUACGACAAAUGCCAACGAUUUGCACCCACCAUCCAUCAACCUGCUCAAACCCUACACUCCAUCGUUGCACCUUGGCCUUUUGCAAAAUAG